AUGGAACGACGAAAACGAAAGUCGUCAGUUGAGGAGUAUCUCGAUAGGUUAAUGGAAAAUCCGGAAAAAGUGCAACGCUGUUCGGAAUUCCAUAUGAAUUUACGGACUUUUUACAAAAAGCGUUGGAAUUGUCGGUUGAAGUCUCCACAUAUUCAAGGUGUUGAAGUGGAUCUUUUUCGUUUGUAUGACACUGUUAUUUCGAUGGGUGGAUGGCAAAAGGUUUCAUUUAAUGAGAAAUGGGGUGAUAUUGCUCAUGCAGUAGGUCUUGCGAACGGCGUAGCAGUUGCUGAACACGCAAUCAAAGUUCUUUAUAUGCGAUACCUUUCAAAAUAUGAGCAAAAUGAAUUAGUUGGUGAAGUAGAUGAUGCAGAUUCAGAUCUUUUAAGUUCGAGAAGUCGAGGUAAAGGUUUUUCAUCGUUGGCAACUGCUGACUGUCCGAUCAGUACAGGACAGAGACAAACUUCAGAAUAUUUUCGAUUGCGGCCAGAAAAAAAAGAAGCAGAGUAUGAUCGCAUUGUUAAAAGUCUCCUUUCUGGAUUACCAAAUGAAGUGGAUUUUGCUGUGAAUGUAUGCACACUGUUAUCACAUCCUGGACCUAGAGUUCUUCGACUUGUUGCUGCUCCACAAAUUAUCACACUUCUGGUUGCUCAUCUUGCGAUCUUCCCAGACGGUGAUCGAGCAUUUUACGACUUGUACAAAAGUUGGGAAUUGGUGUCUGGUCACAAUUUUAUUGCAUUUUGGAGUGGGGCUGGUAUCACUGAUGAUGAAGUUCUCAAGCUUAUUCCUCAUAUCAAACCAUCUAUGGUCUCAGAGGAGGAAAGUAAUAUCUUCUGUGGUUUGGAUACUGAAUUUCAACCACGAAAUGUUGUAUCGUGGAGGGUGCAACAGGUGUUGUUAAUCAUAAGGAAUCUUUCCUUUGAAGUGAUUAAUAAAGCUGUACUAGCAGCGAGUUGGCCUUUACUUAAAUUUCUUUUCAUUUGUUCGAAUUGUAAAUGGAGUAUGUUGAGAACAGCAGCGCUUGACGCACUAAGUAAUAUUGCUUGUGAAAUUGAUCUUAUGGCGGAAGAAUCAUCUUCCACCAAUCAUUUAUUAUUGAAAACGGUUUCAUGCUGUCUUCAUUCUGACGAUAAAUUUCGAGUAAUUCGGGCUCUCGAAAUUCUCUCUGGAUUGUGCAAUAACGAGCGUAACGAAUCUCUCAUCUGUGAAUUUCUCGAUCAUCGCAUUUUAUCAAAAAUAUUUACUGUGAUUUCUGUUAAGGAUAUCAUGAUGUGUGUUUAUACUUUGGAAUCUCUAUAUCAGAUCUCCGAACUGGGAGCAACCGCUUGCUACCAGUUAUCCCGUUUUCCUCAUGCAAUUGAUACACUGGUGUCUUUAGCAACAGUUGAAGCAGUUUCUUUUGGCCCAUCCGGAUUAAUCGGGAUGAAAGUGGUUGAGUUUCACGGCCCUUCACAGCUUGCUCCUCCGCCUCCUCAAAAUGUACCAAUAUCUCAAAAUCAGGCAGUCAGGCCAGGUUCUUUUGCAACGCCUACACAUUCUACGAGUUAUUCGUCCAGAAUGGUGACUCCUCGUGGUACUUCCAACACUUCAACACCAGUAAUUGGAGAUUCUAAGGUUGAGCAGUUGACUGCAAAAUGGAUUCGAAUGAAUUGUGUUUUUGAGAUGGGCAGUGUAGUGCCUCGGGGAGAGUUAUACGCGAGUUAUGUUGAUGACCUUAGGCAUCGUUAUGGUGCCCUUUCUGGCUCUGUUCAAACCUUUACAAAUAUCAUGAGAGCGGUGUAUCCAAAUGUCAUACUUCGAGUUCAGUCCUCAUCUGGUAAUCAUAUGCCAGUAUUUGAAAAUAUAAGGAUGUGUCGGAUGAAUCCAAACACAGGCCAUGAAAAUCUUACUGUUUCUACAAACACAGAUUCUCAUGCAUCUUUGGUAGCGAAUCAUCCGCUUGUGCAGAAGAUGUUAACAGAUAACGCAAAUUCACCAACAAUUUUAAAUGGUCAUACCACGGUUACCGUAGUUGCUACUGCUGCAGCCAUUGACAAGAAGUCAAUGAAUGAAACAGCUAACAACACGAUGGUGUCGACGUCAUAUCUGGCAGAGGAUGCGACCCGUCCCGGUUCCUCUCACGUAUCGAAUGUACAGCCCUCAACCAGCUUAUCAAUCGGCCAACAGGUUUGUCGCGUGGCCAUUGAAGCGCAUGAUUUCGUACCGGAGCAGCGGCACGAGACAAAGAUUUUGCGUAUAGAAAAUGCUUCGCGAACAGUCAUAAAUACCGUGGAUGAGAAACAUGUUCCGCAAAUACAUAAUCAACUACAAUCUAAAAGUGUUGUUGCAAGGCGUAUCAAUGGGAUAUGUGAUAACCGAAUUAUAAAUAGUGAAAGUGUUGCAAAUGGCUUUGAUAGUGAACAUUCUUCCGAAAAUACAGUCAGUCAAACGUUGAAUGGAACUCCAACUUUCUCAGGCUUGAAAGAAGCGAAACCGAUAGUAAACGUUGCAAAGGUGAGUGUUGAUACUCAAAUGGUACAUCCUUCGACAUCUUCAAUGAGUAGCACACGUGAUGAUGAUUGUGAUUCAUUGAAAUCUUAUACAUCAUCUACGCCAUGUUCUCCAAUCUCUAUGAAGCGGCGUCGGGUAUCAGCCUGUUCCAGCAGUAGGCCAACCACAUCUUCAAUUGACGGUGACGAUUAUUUGUGUGAAUGGAACGGAUGCGGAAAGCAUUUCUCAUCUGCAUCUUUUGUUCUUUAUCACUGCACCAAGGAACAUGUUGGCGAUGAUCACAGCAUACAGUGUCACUGGCCACGAUGCGAUUCAACAGUGCGUGCCAAGUGGUCCAUGGUGACACAUCUGCAAGAUCACCAUUGUAAUGAAGCUGCUCUAAAAGCUGCAGCCAAAAGACGAAAAGAAGGCCAUGGUUUGCCUUUAGGACCAGUAAAUCCGGAAAGACCACGAGAAAUUGUGCAGCACCCGGGAUAUUCAAAGAAUGCAGCUGUUGAAGCAAUCCGAAGGCAUGCCUUCAAUUACCUUCCCCGUGACAUCACGGAUGAUCCUGAAGGACCCGUGACAAAAAGCAUCCGUUUGACCAGCUGUCUUAUUCUCAGAAACUUGGCGCGUUAUUCAAACGAUGGAAGACGACUUCUUCGCCGACACGAACGUUUGCUUAGUUGGUUAUCGUUAUCGCGUGUGGAAAGUAGCUCAGCAUUAGCACAACUUCUUGCUGAACUAUAUUCUCAGCCGUCUUCUUCGUCUUCCCCUUUCUCUUCAUCCUCACCGUUAUCACCUCAUCGUACUUAUCAUGUGCCAACUGCAUUAAAUGCUGUUACACUCGCAAAAGCCUUAUGA